GUGCUUGUGCUUGCCACUUUCUGCGUUCCAUCGUUUUCGACUCUUUACGACCCACCACCAUCUCACCAUGACGGACACACCUGACGCUCUCGCUCCCAGGGAGGAGGAGCACGACCCUCAUUUCGAGCCCGUCAUCAAGCUCACGGAGCAGGUAGAGACGAAGACGAAUGAGGAGGACGAGAAAGUGCUCUUCAAAAUGCGUGCCAAACUCUUCCGCUUUUCUGCGGACUCCUCUGAGUGGAAGGAACGUGGUACCGGCGAUGUCAGGCUGCUAGAGCACAAGGAGACGAAGAAAGUGCGGCUAGUGAUGAGGCGCGAUAAGACCCUCAAGGUUUGCGCGAACCACGCCAUCACGUCGGACAUGAAGUUGCAGCCCAACAUCGGAUCUGACAGGAGCUGGGUCUGGAAGGUGGCGGCGGACUACUCUGAGUCUCCCCCGACGUCGGAAACGCUCGCGAUUCGCUUCGCAAACGCGGAUCAUGCCAGCGAGUUUAAGGUGGCCUUCGAGGAUGCGCAGAAGGCAAACGUGAACCUUGUCGGUGGUACUCCUCCUGCCUACGCGGAGGAAGAGAAGAAGGAGGGGGUCCCAGCAGAGGAGGCGGAGAAAGCGGCCGAAGAGAAAGCGGAGGAGGCCGCUGAGGAGAAGAAGGAAGAGUCCGCUGAGGAGAAGAAGGAAGAGUAAAUCUCGUGCCUCGACAUCACACAUAUUCCCGUCAACACAUCCCAAGUCUGACUUCAUCCUGUGAUCCGUGGUACACCUGGCAGUUUAGAUGGAUAAAGUGUAAUGCUGUAAUGCUUACGUUCAUGUUCUAUGCGCUCGU